CUUGCAAGCCUCUCUGCGCAUCGACCGAUCUAUCUCAACGGAGAAGAAACGCAUUUGAAGUAAACGGUUGGCUGCUGCGUGAUGGGUUCUGGUGGCGCGUGGCUGCUGGCCUCCUCGGCCGCGCUGCUGGUGAUCGCGAGCUGCGCGCUCACGGCGUCCGCAGCCAAGUACACCGUGGGCGACACCUCCGGGUGGACGACCGGCACCGACUACACCACCUGGGCCAGCGACAAGAAACUCAAAGUCGGCGAUUCCCUCGUAUUCACCUACGCCGGCGGGGCGCACACGGUGGCCGAGGUGAGCGCGGCGGACUACGCGUCCUGCUCGUCCAGCAACACGCUCAGCAGCGACGCCAGCGGCGCCACCACCGUCGCGCUCAAGACCGCGGGGAAGCACUACUUCAUCUGCGGCGUCGCCGGGCACUGCAGCAACGGCAUGAAGCUCGCGGUCGACGUGGCCGCCGCCGCGGCAGCGGCCCCGGCACCGAAGGCAUCCCCAACGCCGGACACGACGCCAGACACCACGCCGACAACCCCGUCCAGCUCCGGCGGUGUCACGCCCAAGACUCCGGCGACCGUGCUCGCGCCCCCGACGGCCAAGCAGUCCGCUUCAGGCACCACCGGGCUCAGGGCCACAGCGUUGGCCGGCCUGGGUGUGGCCGGGCUUGUGGCCGCCGUGCAGCUGGGCCUCUUCUAGGGGCCGAGGCCAGUGUGGAGGCAGUGCUGUUACUGUUUAGGUUGCAUGUCCAUCAACUCAUCGUCGUGUCAAUCGUUUGUUGAGGAGCCGAGGUUUCGUUUGGCAGAGGGAACUAGCUUUUGCUGUGGUUAGCUGUUGGCGGCGGUGGUUGGAUACUUGGAUUCUAUGUUAUGGUCUUCUUUUUAUCACGUCUGUGUAAUGGAUCAUUUUGCCUACUUUGUAAGCUUUGUAUGUAGGCAGAUUUGCACGUGACUAGUAAACCAUAUCAGUUAUUUGCUUUAAUAUAUUAAGAUAAUCUAGUCGCA